GGAGUAACGCUUUGAAUUCACAUGGCAAUUUACAUUUAGCGCAGGACACCCUAAACGCAACACUAAUAGGAAUGGUGGGUAGGGGUGGGGGCCCCCUGAUUCUGCUGCUACCGGGGACUGCUGCUACUGCUUUGAUUUAACUUAGAGGCCAACAACAAGCAGAGAGCAAGCAAAGGGGGGGAGACGUGGAGUCGCUUCAAGUAGGUUAAAGUGGCAGCAGUGAUUGAAGACCUAAAAUAAUAAGAUGACAGGAUAGCAGAGCAGCAUUUGUCACCCAGACUUGAGCUGAACAGAAGCUACCAUGACAUGUAGUUAAGCAGAAGAGGUGAUGCAGCUCUGGACCAAACGUAGCUGAUGUGUCUCCCAGUAGAGGAUCUUUCUAAACACAAGACAAAGAAGCUUAACCUUCUCUACUCUGACAAUCAAGGACCUGUAAGGACUCACGUGGACCUAAAGAGAUGGAGGGCUACUAGUAAACCCGGUGUCUGCUUUUCAUUGCUUCCAUUUGGAGUAAGAGAGGAACUGCAGGCGAGCCGUGCUACUGGACCGAGCGGGGGAAUCGAACUCAUAGAGCAAAACUGAAGCCAAAGCCAGGAGUCGGCAAUGAUGCUUUCAUAACCUGAUGAACAGCGCAGAUAUGGUGAGGAAGAAGAAUCCCCCUAUCCGGAGUGUGGGAGGUGAGGAGGAGGAGGAAGAAGAGGGGACGAAGCCAACAGGAGAGGAAGAAGAUGAAGGAGAUGAGGAGGAGAGAGUGGCAGCGGAAGCAGAUCGGAUAAACCGACCCUCUGAACCGGAGUCUUCUGAACGGAUCAGAGGGAAUGGGGAGCAUGCGGAGGAGGAGGAGGCAGAGAGUGUUUGCAUCUCCUCUCUUGGGGAGCUCUACCUUAACAAGCAGCAAGGGGGGAGGACUGCAGGCGGAGGGGCGAGGGCAAAACAAGUAUUAGCCGCACUGUGUGAGAGACCUGAGAGCCAGUCGGACGCAGAGGACGGUGAGAGGGUAGUAGAAGGGGGCGACACUGACCACCUAACCCCGCCUCUCUCCUCAGCACCUCGGCUCCUAUCCAGGCAGGAAGGGAGGGAGGAGUCGACAAACGACACCCCCCCACUCCCAUCAAGCCCUUCUCCCAAACUCCAGGACUUUAAGUGCAAUGUGUGUGGUUAUAGCUACUAUGGCAACGACCCCGCUGACCUGGUGAAGCACUUUAGGAAGUAUCACCUGGGUCUGCACAAUCGCACACGGCAGGAUGCAGCGCUGGACACCCAAAUCCUGGCGCUCCACAACAUGGCCCCCCAACAUACAAACUUAGAUUUGCAAACAGGACAGGGGCAGAGAAGUCAAACCAAAGAAUUUGGAAAAACAAGAGCAGAACCACAGAAUCCGCUGCAGAGGACAGUUAUGAUGAACGGAACGUACGACGUUCAGGUGAUGUUGGGUGGCACAUUAAUUGGGAUUGGCCGCAAGACAUCCGACUGCCAAGGAAACACUAAGUACUUCCGCUGCAAAUUCUGCAACUUUACGUACAUGGGCAGUAAUUCCUUGGAACUUGAGCAACACUUUUUGUCCCUGCAUCCCAACAAAGUCAAAUCACCCCCAUCCACACCCCUGCUGGCCGCAAAUAACCUGCCGACGAACGACAGCCAGCUGAAAGGGAGGAGUGUGGUUUUAGAUGGUAUGGAGCGGGUGGCGGUGCGGGGUAAAGACGACUCCGUGGUUGGGUACUUCGUCCCGGUCAGGGAGGGUUCUGACGCGUCCAGUUGGACGGGGGAGGCUGCUCGGGGAGCUGUACAGGCAGCUUAUUGGUGUAAACUCUGCAGCUGGAAGUGCGAGUGGUCAGAGGGUUCGACAAAGCUUUUAGAGCACUUUGAACAAAGACAUAGAGUCGCUUCUGGUGGUGCUAUAAGCCCUAAUAGCUCCGGCCAUGCUGGGAUGGACAGAGAGAGGGAGAGAGGAGGAAGAAGAGACAGAGGGGAACAAGAUCACAUGGUAUCCAAAAGCUGCAAAGAUCACUUCACCACCAGCCAAGGUAAUGAAAGAGGGGACCCAAAAAGUGCUGAUUCAGAAGCUGUGGUGACCAGCUAUAACUGUCAGUUGUGUGAUUUCCGUUACUCAAUGGCCCACAGUGCAGACGUGAUCAUCGUAGCUCCGCUGCUGCUGCACUACCAGCACAACCACUCCAUCCACCGCUGUUGUAUUCAGCACUGCAUGUAUUGUCCUCGGGGGCUCUGCCAGCCCCAGAAACACCUGGGAGAGGUAUCCCACCCAUUUGCCUGUCGGAAACCAACCUGCCCUAAAUGCUGUUCAAAGUUUCCUCAGCCCACCAAGCAGCAGGACCCCAUCGGUUCAAAACCUACUGCUGCCACCUCACCCAGCGUGACCCCUCCUAACCCAAGAGGCGACCCCAGUGUGAUUUCUAGUUCCACCUUUCACCCUUCUAACCCUGCACAUCCUGUUGUUGCACAAGGUGUCACUCACUUGUGCGACCAAUGUGCGUUUGUGACCACCGACAUUGAUGUGUUGUUGCAACACUAUGAGAGCUUCCACAACCUGAUCAACCUAAAGGGGGCACCUCCGCAAGUCAAGGCUGAGGAGGAGGCUGGGGGAGAUAAGGAAGGAGGGAGAGGAGGAGCAGUAGAGAUUGAGCACACUUGUACAAAGUGUAACUUUGCCACACAAGUGGAAGAAGAGCUUUUUCGACACUACAGGCGUGUCCACGCUUGUUGCCGCUGCCGACACUGCGACUUCACGGCUCCUGAUUCAUCAGCCCUCCUUGACCAUUUUAAUUCUGCCCAUUGCCAAGACUCCUCUCAAUCAUUAAGCUCCCUGCCCACCUCAGUGACACCUUCUCUGGUGCCCUCAGCCAAUGGCUGCUCAGCUCCCUCUACUUUAGCAAUUAAAGAGGAGAGCAAGGGGGACCUACGCCUCCUCUACUCUCUAGCUCCACCUGAAGGACGGCUGGCAGAGGGAGGCAAGGAGGAUGGUACCAGUAUGGUAAAGAGUGAGGGAGCAGAGGAGAAAGAGCGGGAGAGGGGCUGGGUUCUUGGGGAGACGAGAGGACCGGGUGAAAGAGGAGGUGAACAAGCCCAUGGAUUACUCUGGGUACCCAAGGAGCGGAUGGGGCCUGAAAGAGGAGGAGGAGGUGGGAGCCCCUCUCUUUUCCCCUCCCCGCUCUCCGUCUCUUUCGUUUCAGCCAAUCACGAAGGCUCGCAGCAGAAGAGGGGCGUAGCCUUGCCUGGCAUGGUUUACCUGGGAGACACCAAGACAUUUUUGGGAGAUUCAAAGUCAUUUUUGGGAGGAGGGAGACCAGGAGGAGCUACAGCAGGUGGAGGAGGAGGUGGAGGAGGAGUAGGGGAGAAGCAGAACCAGAUGCCUUCACAGCCAUAUCCAGGUGGCGGAGGAGGGAGUGGAGGGGCAGGAGCACAAGAGGGGAAAGGCAGUUCCACAAAAGAAGAAUCCCAGUCACUGCUAAGACGACGCAGAGGUAGUGGGGUUUUCUGUGCAAACUGUCUCACCACCAAGACGUCCUUGUGGAGGAAAAAUGCUAACGGAGGCUACGUCUGCAACGCAUGUGGGUUAUACCAAAAGCUACAUUCGACUCCCAGGCCGCUGAACAUCAUCAAGCAGAACAACGGUGAGCAAAUCAUCCGCCGGCGAACCCGAAAACGGCUCAAUCCAGAUACGUUGUCGUCCGACAAUCCGGCCCCUAAGCAGCAGCGAAUCACCAGUGAGGAGCGCCUGAAUGGUGAGGAGUCUGAGAGCAGGAGCUGCCCAUCAACGAAAAACCAGCAGCCUUCCCCGCGCUCUCGGUCCCCACGGUCAACUCAAGCCUUCUUAGCCAAUCAGACGCUGGAGAUCCAUAGGCGCAUGCCUCCUCUCCUCCUUCCAUCUCAUCCUGCAUCAGGCAUAGUGGCUGAGAGCAAUGGUGGAAUUGCAGAUGGUGGAUUAACGUCAAAACUAGAUGUUGGGAAAGGUGGAGGAUCAGAGAGAGGAAGUCCAAUUGAAAAGUACAUGCGUCCAUCUAAACCCUCUAGUUACUCACCUCCAGGUUCGCCGAUUGAAAAAUAUCAAUAUCCCCUUUUCCCAUUAGCUCUGCCUUUGACCCUGUCACCUGAUUUGACACCUGAAUCUGAUUGGCUCAGAUUCUGGACUAAGUAUAAGAUGGCAGCCACCUCUGGGGUUCCUAGUACCAUCAGUAAUCUAAACAGCCCCAGUGGGCUUGGAAACAGCACUCACCAACUUGGAACCAUGGUCACCCCCGUACAAUAUCACCAGCCAGGAUACACGGUGCCUUACUGUGCGUCCCCUUACUCUCCUCUCCCACCACAUCCAGUUCCCGCUCACUACCCCCCUCCUCCUCAUCAUACCCAAACCUCAUCUUCGGCUUCACCUGAAAACGACGCUCCUUUGGAUCUUGCAAUAAAAAGAGAUUUGAGCAGCACAAACACCCACAUGCCAGAGGGUCCUGAAAGGAAAACACAGGAGUCCCCCCGGAGUGAGACAUCAGCUGGAAACUGGAGAGGUGAGAAGGAAGAUGAAGAGAUGUUGGAGGAAGGAAAACGUAAGUCAAGCAAUGCGCCUCACUGCUCGAAAGUCGAUGCAGCCACACAGGAUGACCUUGCCAACCGCUGUGCCCAUUGCGGCAUCUACUUUGUGGACGAAGUCAUGUAUGCCCUGCACAUGAGCUGCCAUGGUGAGAAGGAGCCUUACCAAUGUGCGUUUUGCCUCCACGUGUGCACGGACCGCUAUGACUUCACCACGCACAUACAGAGGGGUUUGCAUAAAACGCUUCCACUGCCUCAGCAGAAAUGUACCGUACCAGAGGGUGAACCUCUCCAUGGAACGGCAGCACCAGAGCUUGAAAGCCUGACGGUGGAGCAGGAAGAUGGAGGGAUCACAAAUGAAGAGGAUGAGGUCAUGAAAACAGGUCAUGACGAUCAAAAAAAGCAAGACUCGAAUAUUAAAAGUAUACAAGAGGCUGAAAAAGAGCAAAAAAGAAGUAAAGAAUUAGGUGGGACAGCAGAGUCCACAGAGUUCACAACUAUGGGGACUAAGAUGUUAGACGGACUCGCCGAUGGAAAUUAAAUGUCUCUCACAAACUUUAAUAACCUGUUAUUGGAGUAUUAGGCUUUAUAUUCCUGAAGGUUUGGCCAUUUCCUAAUGGAAAUACCUUCAAAAAAGCCCUCCCACUGUCAAAGACUAGGAGAAAAUUAUUGUAGGACCCAGGUGAACUACAGAUGGAGCUGUAGGAAAAAAGCAGCCUGAAAGCUUUCCUGAGCUAUGGCUUACCUGACAGCUUUGUGGCAGGAAGUCAACAGGGUGCUGGCAUCCAGCUGCAAUCAACUCUCAGAAACGGCCAAUCUGUGUGCAUUCAUAUGGGAGGAUUAACGCCUGGGCUAAGAAAGACAUGAAACAAUGAGAGAAGAAGUACUGUAUAACACUUGAACUUUGCUGCAUUCAGCAUUUAAUUCAGAACAACCAGACCUGAUCUGGUUAGAACUGCUGUGCUCUUGCCCAGAACAUUUUUAUUCUCCCUAUCAGAUGGAUCAAAAACCAAAAAGAGACACUUUUAGGUGUUUUCAAACUAUUUUUGCUUGAAACCAGCUAGGGCUUGUUUGCAUAUCUGUUGGUACGAAAUAGAUCGGUUCCUUAAACUUUAUCAUGUGCUGUUUAUCAAACUGGUCCUGGAUCGAUGCUAAAUCGACAUGGUGGCUGAAGACUAGAGCUAACCCUUUCUGAAACUGCUUGAAUCCAGGUCAAACUGAUAAAGCUGGUCUAAAGUGUUAUUUUCAUCAUUUGGAUGAAAAAAAAAACAAACAAAAAAACUAAAGACUUUAUUUUUUACCUUUCUCUGUGCCAUGAUACAAGCUAUGUGCCUGGCUGCCUGCCUAAAUAGAACAAACAUUUAUUAACCUGCUUGACAUUAAUAUUAAUAAUAUGAAUAUUAAUAAUAAUGGUAAUAACAAGAAGAACCAUGAUGGUGUAACUAAACAAAAAUGCAAUUUGCUACAUUUUCUUAUUUGUUGUUUUGUAAAGGUUUUUUUAAAGGAAAUGGUACUAUAAAAAUUAGCAUAUUUUAGCUCUUUUCUUUUGUUUUUGUCUUUAUUGAGAUUUGUUACAUUGGUAAAAGCCGUCUAACGAAAAAAAAAGGUACAACAGUUGAGGGGGUUGAGUGCGCACGUAUACAUUUGUUAUUGCGUUUAUAGUGUCUGUGUAUGUGUGAGGAUCAAAGGGUUUUCGUCCGUCCCUAAGCAGUGAUGUAAACAUAAAGAAUGCUCAGUUUCUCAGUCCUCAGGGGUCACAUGUGCAAACCAACCUGCCUUCAUAACAGCAUGUGACACAUCGUAUGAACACGUCAAAGGGUCGGUUAAAUUAGUGUUAUGUCUAGUAUGUUUCGUUUUGUUUAAUUCUGUUCUUCCUACGUAUGUGUUUUUAUUUUUUUAGCAAGACGUCAAACUGUUUUAAGUUUUAUAACUUCUAGUUUGUCUACAUGUGUUUAGGUUACAAAUUGUAAUAGAUUUCAUAAAUUAGAGAGCAAAACCCAACAUUUGAUCAAAGACGAUUAUGAUGUUGGGUUAAAUAUAUAAACUAGUCUUAAGAGAUUCUUGCCUACAGUGUUUCAUGUCUUAUUAGCAUGCUAGAAUCUUCAGCAAUCUGCGACAUCUGUUGCUUUUAUUAUGGGUUGAACGUGUUACGUUGUGUUUUACCAUAAAUGACAAAGAAAACUUAAAUAGGAGAAAAAUAUAUAUAUAUAUUAACUUGGUACCUUCAAACCCUGAGGUUUAGGAAAUGUUCUCAUUUUUCUUUUGUAUUGUUCUUUGUUUUUGUUUACUUUUUUCAUUUGAGUCCCCACAGUCAGUUGAAAGUGUUGUUGGUUAUCUUGCCUGUUAUCGAAACAGAUAGCCUUCUUUAGCCUCGCUGCCUUAGAUGCUAGAAAACAAAUGAAAAGAUACUCCUUUGCCAGAUAUUAAAGACAGAGAAAAACAGGAUGAAAUAUUUUUUUAUAUUUAUAAAAGUAUAUCCACUUAGUGCCUGCAAACCCAUGCUCUUUUUUUUAUGAUAUUAAAUCUUUUUUUUUUUUUUCAUAAUUGCAAUGGACCACUUUUUGGCUUUAAAAUACAGUUGAUUAAAAAGUCAGUUUGGAAAACAGUGACGUCUUGGCUUAUAGCCUUCCUACAGGUACAGUGUGGCAUAUUCUGUAGCUUUAGGAAUACCCAGUAGCACAGUGCCUCCACACCAGUUUUUGUGAGCUGACAAAAGGUACAUCUAAAAACAAACCAGGCUAAAAUGUUAAUUUAUUCAAGCAACUGAAAUAAAAAUACUGAAUCUCUUCACACACACAGUCUCGUUAGCCAGAUAAAAACAACUGUUUCUUCACAAAUUACCACAAAAAAGGAUUUUUACCCGUAAAACUUUCGUUUUUGCAUUUUAUGUCCUACAAAAACAAAUAUGAAACUGCUGACUGCAGAAUGUCAUUGCUAAAAAUCUAGGCUGUUCAUAGAUUGCUACAUCUAAGGAUUUUAACUAAAAGAUGAUUGGAAGGAAAACAUAACAAGCAUGGAUAAACUCAUUGUAAUUUUGCAUUAAAAACUCAGAAGAACAUUUUCUCUCAGUCAGUAAUGUUUCAUGGUAGGAAAAUGCACAAAAUGUUAUGGUCGUCUACUAUCAGAGUGAAAAGCAAUGCAUUUUUAAAUAUAAUGUUGUUUUGAAGGGAAAAAUGGCCCUAAUCUAAUUGUCUUAGUAUAUUUGCUUGUAGCAUAAAGGCUAGCAGACUACCAUGGCCAAUAAAGUGCUUGAUUAAGUUGCUGGAAUAAAGAAAAAAACUAUAAUUUACGGCUCAAAGCGGAGUGCUCCCUUGUCCAAGGCAAAUUUUGCGCUGUCAGUCAACUGUGUCUAAGAUUAAAGACUAAUUUUUACUUGCUGUCAAAAGUGUUACCUUCCAGCUUUCAGUUGAAUUUACAAAGAGCUGCUGGUUGUAUGGAAUCCAACCUGAAUUUGAAUAUACAUAUGAAAUAUAAAACUUACCACAGAAAUUACAAUUUUUUUUUUUAAAGCAGAUAGAGCUAGGCUACUGAAUCUGUUAUAUUUUUACUCAAGGUUUUCAAGUCACAAGAAAUGAAUAUUGACCUGCGGCUGUGCUGUCAAAAUAUAUGAAAUGUAAGAAGACAGAAGUAAUAUGAACAGAAUAUUGCUAUUUGUUACCAUGCAAUACCUUUUUGAUUAUUUUAUCACUAUGUUUUUACAAAUUGCCCUGACCUAACACCUUUAAAUUAUAUAUAUAUAUAUAUAUAUAUAUAAAACCUUCAAAUAAGCUGGAUUGAACAUAGAUUUUUUUUUUCUGAAACUGAAAGCUUAAGGACAUCUUUUUGGGAAUUAAACAACUUUUACAGCAAGUAAAAUAUCAUACUAUUAUGAGAAUAAAAUAAACCAAGGGCUAAGAACUAUACUUUUGCAUUUAGUAAACCUGUUACUUUGUCCAUUUCAUAUUACAUAGGUGGAUUAUUUUAAACUUUUAUUUAUAAAUCAGUCUUUCAUCCGUUUUUAAUUUUUCAUACAGAAAUUUGAAGAUAAAGCUGCAGACUGUUGGUGCAAUAUAAUUACUUUGAGAGUUCAAGUUUGGGUUAAGGAGUUGACCAUUUAUUACCUUAUCGUCUCCAUGUCAGUUUACUCCAUCGUAUAAAAUUACUUUAAAUUUUACCUGAUCUAGUCUUUAGGUACGUAUGUUCAGCAAAAACAUGUAUCCUUCAAACUAUCGUCAAUAUUUUUGUCUUUGUCUGUCAUGAUCUUUAAAUUAAAACUUUCAAUCUGCUAAGGAGCUUCUAAUAUAAAAAUUGUUUACAUCUGUAUUUGUAGCAAAACAGAACAAAACGAUGCACUGUUUUUAAAACACAGCAAAGUACUGGGUGGAAGGAUGCUGCAUGAGAUGGAAGGAUUGGGGCAUUUGAAGAAUUUGUGGGAGAAAAUUAGACUUAUAGUAGCUGAUGAAAUUGUUUUCUUCCUUGUUUUGUCUUUUUACCUAAACUAUAUUUUCAGCAUCAAAUUUCUUGAUUUUAUCUAUCGGUAUGCAGGUGUCACUGUGCAUCUCAGUCAUCUGCUUUUCAUUGUUUCAAGAGACUUCCUCCUCCUGUGUUUUUACUGAUGCAGACCAAGAUCAACCAAUCAGAGACUCAUGCUGUGUUCAAAAUGUUCACUCAUAUACUGAGUGAUUUAUACUUAGAUUAAUUCAUAGAAACUACAUUUCAUACCUUUGGAGAUUUUGUUGUACUGUAUCAGACUUAUCUGGGUAAAAAGUAAUGGAAUUUUGCAUUGCCCAUACCCACCAUGAAGAGUAUUUACGACUUGACAGACCAUCAAUAAAAUACCCUGACAUUUUGCUCAUUUCAGCAUGUCUAUGUCUAAAUGUACAAAGUGGUAUUUUUUGUUGUACAAAUAUUUAUCUCAAAAAUAUGAAACUAGACAAAAAGAAAAAUAGUGACACUAGACAUCUUUAAAGUAUUUAUUGCUUUUUGGUAGUCCUCAAAUAUAAAUUUUAUUACAUUUUUAAAGCCUUCAAGUCACAAGAAGGCUAUUUUAAAAUUGAGAAAUCUGGAAAAUCACUGUUGAUGUUAAACAAGUAUGAAAGCUACAGUUCCUACUGUAGCUGUUGCCAUGAGCUUUUUUCUAGUGGUUUUAGUUGCUUUAGCACUGAGCUUAUCGUUAGUGUUGGCAUACUCGUCCUGGAAGUACGAUCCAUACCAUCAGCUCAUUUGCGCAUAAGCAACCAGAUACUGUAUACAUCCGGAUUUCCAUAAAUAAUAUAACUAUGGUACUACAAUUACUCAUUUAUAUCCUUAACUCUCUAAAUAAUGCUAAUACAUCCCCUUAAAAAAGUUUUUUUCUGAGAUAAUUUAGAUUCUUUUUUUUACAUUUUCAGCGUUAAACUGCUAGUCUGACAUCAUCGGACAUGCUCAGAGUAGUCUGGCAAAAUAUGAUUAAACCAUGUUUAUCUGCAUUUUAGUAAAUGCUUUCUUUAGGUUACAGACAAUAUCCCAUAAAGGUAACACGAAAGGAAAAUAUAAAACUCAAAAAGACUAGAUUUAUGUUUAAAUCCAACAUCAUUUGCAUGCGUAAAUGAGCUGAUGGUACGAAUCAUGCUUCCGGAACAGAUGGGGUUGUGGCAUGCUCCCAGCAGUAGAGAGCCAACCAUUGGUCUUAGCAUACUUACAAUGGAUUUGGCUCAACUGCAAAUUGAUGGUAUGCUAACAUUGUAUUGAGCUAACUAUUGAUAACAGGAGACAGGCAGAGUGAGAAGGAGGCAGACCUGGGGCCAAAUCCUGCUUUAAGGCCUUACAUAUAAACUGGAUGAUCUACCACUACACCAUGCUGCCCCUCAUAAAUGUCUAGUUUUACUAAAUGGGUGGCUAUUUACUUUUUAGGAUUUCAAAAUCGAAUACUAUGAAAUAAACUAUUCUGAAAGAGUGGACAAUUUGAACACAGCUGCUCAAAAAUUCACAGGCUGACUUAUCUAGAUAAUUAAAGCUUUGUUAAAAUAAAUAAAGCUCUGAUUUAAUUUAAAUAUAUCAAAUGGAUUUUGUAGUAACGUUUGAGAUUUGAGUUCAUAUUAAAUCAUUUAACUGGGAUACAGCUUAGGAUCUUGCUAAUAACAUUUUCUUUUUAAUAUCUUUUAUGGGCUUAGAAAAACAUGUAGGGGAUUUAAAAAAGGAGGUAAAUGAAUGUUACUCUUGUUUUUGAAGAUUCUGGUUUGAACUUUUAUUUUGAUGAACCAGGGAGGUUUUUAGGGGCUAAAUAUGAAUUUUUUAUGCCAAGUGACUUAGCUUUUGAAGGAAAAUCCUUUGUCUGCCAUUGCGUUGAGAGCAAAAAAGAACAGCAAUGAAAACUUUGUAGUAUUGAAUUCAUAAAUGCCCUGCAGAACCUAGUCUCAUCUGACAAUGUGCUUUUGUUCUGUUACCAGCUUUAUGACAAUGUCGCUCCCAUUUAGGAAAACUGUAUUUAUGCAUAAAGAGACAUUUGUGUCUUUAUGAAUCUUUUAGGUCAUGGUAACGAUUAUGCAAUUAUGCUAAAAAAAAAAAAAAAAAUGGCUCUGGGUCUGAGGAAUAUCAGGCCUUGUUUUACUUCAUUGAUGAUUGUAUGUUUGAUGGCAUUUCAAAUCAGCGUUUACAUUGGGAGGCCUUAUCACGUGUUUUGUCUUUGUCAUAAUGUGUCUUAGGAUUUGUUGCUUGCACUCCAUUUAUUAUGUUCUUAUUGCCAAGGAAGGGACAAGACGCAGACACACAUAGGUACAGAGUGGGUGUAGAAUUUGGGGUAAACAGUGUUAACCAAGGCUAGUUUGAUACUGACUGGCAAUACCCAUAUACACUCUAAUACAUACAGCACAUUUUAAUGUUUAUUCAGUAUAUUAUAGUAGAAGUUUGUCUCUUCUAUGUUGACUGGCUUUUGUAGGGAAGAUUAUUUGUUUAUUUUAGAUUAUUUUCUUUCUCAUGUUGUAUUUUAUUCUGCUACCUUUCUGUACGGUAUUGUUUUUAGUUUCUUUUCAUGCAAAAAAAUUAUAUUUCAGCAACAUAUUUUGACAGCCAAGAAAAGUUUGUUACACAGCUAAACUUGAAGAAUAGUGAUGACCAUGAUGAUAAUAAUAAAUAAUAAAAGUUAUAACAAA